AUGGCCAACAAGCAGGGAAAGAUGGCCGGUCUCAUCAACUACCGGAUGAGAGUGACCAUGAACGAUGGACGGCAGAUGGUCGGACAGAUGUUGGCAUUUGACAAGCAUAUGAAUCUCGUUCUCGCGGAUACCGAGGAGUUCAGACGUGUCAAGCGCAAGGCCAACAAAACAUCCGCAGCUCCAGGCGCAAGCAGCAGCUCUGCCCCACUUGUCGAGACAGAGGAGAAGCGUACAUUAGGUCUUACAAUCGUCCGAGGCGCCCAUGUUAUCUCUCUUUCUGUUGAGUCUCCGCCUCCUGCCGACCCGGCUGCGCGUCUAGGAGCCAGCGCACCAGGUGGUCUUGCUACCAACCUUGCUGCUGGACCAGGAAUUGCCCGUCCUGCCGGUCGAGGUGCGCCUGUUGGAUUAGCUGGUCCUGCUGCUGGAGUUGGAGCUCCUCCUCCAGCUUUUGGAGGUUUCCCAGGUGCCCCACCUUUUGGCAGAGGAGGACCCCCACCAGGAUUCCCUCCUGGAGGCUUCCCCCCACCAGGCUUCCCAGCUGGACAAGGUCCACCCCCGGGUUUUGCACCUCCAAGAAGGUGA